CACCACCUCUCUCUCUAACCUCUCUUCCCAUGGCAGUUGAUGCUCAUCAUCUCCAUUUCUCUCCUCUUCAACUCUUCAACAGAGACUUAGUGAUUAAUAAUAACAACAACACAACCAUGGAACCAACUAAUACCGGUUACUGCACAAACAAUCAAACCGGUUACGGCGUCGUUUCAACAGACGGUCCACCUCCUCUUCUUAACAUGUACGGCGUCUCCUCUAUUGUUGACGAUGUUCCGACAACAACCGAUUCAUUCACUUAUUAUGAUGCUAAUGUCGACUCUCAUGUUUUCCCUUUACCCACGAGAAAACGCUCCAGAGAUUACUACGAUCAUCUUAUUCAUCACAACCCUAGUGCUACUAGUACAACUCCAUUUUCGUUUCUCGGCCAAGACAUCGAUAUCUCCUCUCACAUCAAUCAAUUUCAACACCAUGAAAUCAUCUCCCAUCAUAUGGAGAGAGUGAGACUCGAGAUUCAAGAGAAGAGGAAGAGACAAAUGAGAACGAUAAUGGAGGCUAUAGAAGAUAGGCUUCGUGUCAAAGAGGAAGAACGAGACAGAAUGGAGAAGAUAAACCACGCGCUUGAGGAACGCGUGAAGUCACUCUCUAUCGAGAACCAAAUCUGGCGGGAUCUCGCUCAGACCAACGAAGCAACCGCCAACAACCUCCGUAACAACCUUGAGCAGGUUCUGGCGCAGGUUAAUGACCCCGGCGCAGGAUUAGGUAACGUUAACGAGGGUGAUGAUGCGCAGUCGUGUUGCGGAAGUAGCGCGGGUGAAGAAACGGUUAGGCGUAGGGUAGCUACUGGGGCGCAUGAUGGGGAGGCGAAAGGUAGGAUGUGCAGGAACUGUGGGGAGGAGGGAUCGUGUGUGUUGCUUUUACCGUGCAGACACUUGUGCUUGUGUGGAGUCUGUGGGUCUAGUGUGCACACGUGUCCAAUCUGUAGAUCUCCUAAAAACGCUAGCGUUCAUGUCAACAUUUCAUCGUGA